UUGUUGAGACCGGGCGAGGUUGGUGACGGACAGCGUCGCAGAACAUCAAUAGAUGUACGUCGACCCAGUGUGCAGGAUCUUGAAGACUUAAUUAACAAGGCAUCGACACCGUUACGAGAAGUCGGAGAUGGUGGCCCACCGCAAAUUAUUGAUGUGCAAGAGUCAUAUUCAGUGGUUGAAGACUCGACGGCUUAUAUGACAGUCGGCGUUGAAGGCAAUCCAGCACCGACAUUUAGAUUCUAUAAAGGUGUUAGUGAAAUUAUCGAAGGUGGUCGCUUUAAAUUUCUCACCGAUGGUCAAACAAAUUCCAUUACGCUCUGUAUGCGAAAGUGUAAACCCAAUGAUGAGGGGAAGUAUAAAGUGGUUGUUGCGAAUAUACACGGCGAAGAUUCGGCUGAAAUGCAAUUAUAUGUGUCUGAUUCUAGUGGCAUGGACUUCCGUGCUAUGCUAAAAAAACGUCGUUAUCAAAAAUGGGACAAAGAAGAAGAAGAUCCCAAUUGGGGUGAAUUAAAACAAACAGAAAAACCAUUGCCAACACUCAAAAAAGUUGAGAGGGCAACACGAUCACGUAGACCGUCUUUAGCCGAAUUGAUACCCGACUGGCCGACAUUACAUCCGUUUCGUCGCGAGGAGAAACAAGAAUCCUUCCUCAGCCCGUUAAUUGAUCAGUUUGCCAAGGAAGGUAAAGACAAGAAGGUUGUGUUUGAAGCUCGUUUCAGUAAGCCCAAUUGUAAGACCAAAUGGAUGUUGCGCAAAGAUGAACUUUUCACUGGAAGCAAAUACAAAUUUAAAAAUGAAAAUGACACUUACCAGUUGAUUGUGAUGAAUCCCAAAGUGGAAGAUGGUGGAAAGUAUACGAUCGAAAUUGGUGGAGUUUCUAGCACAGCAUUUUUAAAUGUCGAAGAAGCUGAUCCCAGCUAUACAUUUACUAAGCCUCUCAAGAAGAAGAUCGAAGGAUUUACGAAACACGAGACAACGUUAGAGUGCGCUGUUAGUAGUAGCAUGGCCAAUGUAACCUGGUUCAAAGAUAAUAAGAAAAUCGAAUCUGACGAUCCACGUUAUCUUAUAUCCAAAGAUAUUAAUGGCAACCUUAAGCUUAUUAUCAAGGAGUCUCUACUUGAAGAUACCGGUCAGUACCGCUGUCAAUUAGAUAAACAGCCCGAUAAGACUGAAGUGGCAGUUAAAAUUGUCGAGUAUCCAUAUAAGUUUGUGAAAGUAUUGAAAUCACUACAAUGCAUUGAAAAGGACAAUGUAACACUGGCAUGUGAAAUUGAUGAUGCUACUGGUGAAGUGCAAUGGUGGCGUGGCGAUGACGAAAUCAAGGGUGACAAACGCAUGCAAAUCGUUAAGGAUGGACGAAAACGGAAACUUAUAAUUAAAGACUGCAAAGUUAGCGACGCGGGGCAAUUUAGAUGUACAACAAAUGCCGAUAAAACAGAAGCAGAAAUUAUCAUCAAUUAUCAAAAUCGUUUCAAUAAGAAGCUUAAGGACACCGAUGCCGUGGAACGGGAAAAAUUGAUACUUGAUGUUGAAUUACAAGAUCAAACUGCACCGUGCGAAUGGAAGAUUAACGGUAAUCCUAUUGAACCGAAUGAACGCAUCGAAAUAAAAAAUAUUGGUGGUGGCAAGCAUCAACUGAUUUUUAAUAAUCUCGAACUCAGCGAUGAAGGCGAAAUAACUUGCGAAUCUGGUAAAUUGUCAUCCACAUGUAAACUAGCAGUACGCGUGGGCGAAAGCAGACCUAAUAUUGACUGCCCUGCUGAAUUCGCUGGUUCAAUUAGUGCUCCUGUAGUUUUAGAAGUGCCAUACAAAGUUAACGGUACAAGACAAACACCCGUGGAAGCCAAGUUGGUCAAAGAUGGUAAAACAUUGCCUGUGAAGGAUGUUGAAGUGGGUGUAACUGAAGACAAGAUUACCUUUAAAGUUAAGAAACCAGCUCGUGAUAUGUCCGGUUCUUAUGAAAUAAAAUUAUCUAAUGGGCAAGGUGAAGAUGUAAAAAGCGUAACAGUUAUAUUCCAAGAUGUACCACAGCCACCCCAAAAUGUCGAUGUUGUGGAAGUUUUCCAAACAUCAUGUAAAGUAACUUUCGAUAAUCCUGACGAUGAUGGUGGGUUACCAAUUAUAAAGUACAUUGUAGAACGUCAAGAUUUAAGUAAAAAGCAAAGCUGGGAAGUUGUCGCUGAGGUUCUGCCGGAAGGACAACUUUUAAAGAAAAUUGAAGAUCUAACGCCAAAAAGACAGUACAGAUUCCGUAUACGUGCUAUAAAUAAAAUAGGCCCAUCUGAACCUGCUGCUUUCAAAAAUAUCGUAUUAGCAAAAGAUCCCUGGGAUGAGCCGGGAAAACCGAAGAAUGUCGAUCUUACAGACUGGGAUAGCGAUCAUGCUGAUCUUAAGUGGGAUGCUCCCGAUGAUAAUGGAGGCGAUCCUAUAUCAGCUUAUAUAAUUGAAUAUAAAGAAAAAUUUUCCAGCGAUUGGGUAGCAGGUAAAGAGGUACCCAGUGAUGCUCAUAUGGGUACAGUGGAUGGAUUAAAAGAAGGACAACAGUAUGAAUUCCGAGUCCGUGCUGUUAACAAGGCUGGUCCAGGUGAACCUAGCGACAAAACGAAGGCAAUAAUUGCUAAAUCCCGUUUUGUAAAACCGUUCAUCGUUGGUGAUGGCCUUAAGAACAUCGUUGUGAAAAAGGGUCAGACAGUACGUUUCGAUAUCAAAUAUGAUGGUGAACCAGAACCGUCAGCUAAAUGGCUUAAAUGUACAGAAGUUUUAAUUUUCGAUAAUCAACGCCUUAUACUUGAUCAAAUGGAACGCAAUUCAUGUAUUACUAUUAAGAAGGCUGUACGCAAAGAUACCAGUAUUUACAAAAUUGUUUUGUCCAACAGCUCUGGUUCCAUCGAAUCUGAGUCACAAGUAACUGUACUGGAUAAACCAUUAUCACCAAGUGGUCCAAUGGAACCGGAAGAAGUGCGUGCUGACCACAUUAAAAUGAAAUGGAAGCGUCCACAAGACGAUGGUGGCUGCGAAAUAACUGGUUAUGCAUUGGAAAGAAUGGAUGAAGAAACUGGCCGUUGGAUACCAGUUGGCGAAGUAGGACCUGGGGAAACAUCUUUCAAUUUCAAGGGACUUACGCCAAAUAAAAAAUAUAAAUUCCGUGUAAAAGCUGUAAAUAAGGAGGGUGAAUCUGAGCCAUUGGAAACGACAGAACCGAUUGUUGCCAAAAAUCCAUUUGACCCACCAAGCCCGCCCGGGAAAGCAGAAAUUGUUGAUUAUGACAACAAGAGCGUGUCGCUUAUGUGGAAACGUCCACCAUCCGACGGUGGAAGACCCAUACUGCAUUACAUUGUUGAAGUUAAGGACAAAUUUUCAGCUACUUGGAGCGAAAUAGCAAAAACUGAGAAUGCAACUCCUGAAUUUUACGUUGAUGGUCUUAAAGAAAAAAUGGUAUAUCAAUUUCGUGUACGCGCUGUAAAUAAAGCCGGCCCAUCCGAACCUUCAGAACCUACCGAUAAUCACUUGUGCAAGCAUAAGAACCUGAAACCUCAAAUCGAUCGUUCAACAUUUAAGCGGGUUACAAUCAAGACUGGCCGCACCCACAAAUGGACAGUGGAUGUCAUUGGUGAACCAGUACCAACUUUACAUUGGAGCUGGCGCGAUGAUAUACCACUUUCCACCGGUGAUCGUAUAAAAAUAGAAAAUAUCGACUAUCGUACUGAAUUUGUCAUCUCCAAUGUUGUACGCAAAGAUAGCGGUAUGUACACAAUUAAGGCAGAAAAUCGGAAUGGCGUAGAUCACGAAACAGUGGAACUAAUUGUACUUGGCAAACCAAGCGCUCCAAAAGGACCUUUGGCUAUUAGUGAUGUAACGGCGAAUGGCUGUAUGUUGCAAUGGAAGAAGCCUGAAGAUGAUGGUGGCAUACCGAUUAAGGAGUAUGUAAUCGAGAAAAUGGAUACGGCUACCGGAAAAUGGGUGCGCGUUGGUCGCUCUCCAGGAGACAAGAUGCCGCCAAGCUUUGAUGUGACUGGUUUAAAUGCGGGAUCUGAGUAUAUGUUCCGGGUAACUGCGGUGAAUGAGGAAGGUGAAUCCGAACCGCUAACCACAUUGGUUGGCAUGGUGGCCAAAGAUCCAUACGAUGAGCCGAAUAAGCCAGGUACACCAGAAGUUACUGACUAUGACAACCAAAGCAUUUCAAUAAAAUGGACCCCACCAAUUAAUGAUGGUGGGGCAUCCAUUGAAAAAUACAUUAUUGAGAAGAAGGAUAAAAACAAGCCGGAUUGGGAAAAGACUAUUGAAGUGCCUGGAAAUCAAUUAGAUGCCACUAUAAGUGGUUUACAUGAAUAUGAGGAAUAUCAGUUCCGCGUAAUUGCUGUGAAUAAAGCUGGGUUAUCACCGCCAUCUGAUCCAAGCAAAGUUCAGGUUGCCAAAUAUAAGAAACUCAAACCAAGAAUAGAUCGCAGUAAUUUGAAACCACUACUAAUCCGUGCAGGAAAGCCCGUAAAGUAUGAUAUCAAGGUACGUGGCGAAUCGCCACCAACUAUUACUUGGUACCAAAAUGGCAAGGAAUUAAUAUCUGAAAAGUUGCCUUCGAACUAUGAAAUUAAGAAUAUACCCCAUAAUACUAAAAUCUCGAUAAUUGACACCGAACGUAAGCAUACUGGCAUUUACAAGAUACGGGCUGUAAAUGAAAGCGGUGAGGACGAAGCCGAAGUGGAAGUUAACAUUUUAGGACCACCAGCUAAGCCAAAGGGCCCACUUGAGGUUAGGGAUAUAACGAAGCAUAGCUGCAAACUAAAAUGGAAGAAACCAGAAGAUGACGGUGGCAAGCCAAUCACAGCAUACCAAGUUGAAAAGUUCGAUAAAAAACAAGGUCGCUGGGUACCAGUUGGGCGCACAUCUGGCAAUGAUACUGAAAUCGAUGUCAAAGGCCUUCAAGAAGGCCAUGCAUAUCAAUUCCGUGUCAAAGCAAUCAAUGAGGAGGGCGAAUCUGAACCACUUGAAAGCAACGGUAGUAUUGUUGCCAAAGACCCAUAUACCGUCGCCGGUAAACCAGGUCUGCCGAAGGUCGAUGAUUACAGUGAGCAUAUGAUUAAAUUGAAGUGGGAACCUCCCAAAGAUAAUGGAGGUGCGCCAAUCUCAGGUUACGUAAUUGAGAAAAAGGAUAAAUAUUCACCAAUAUGGGUGGAGGUGAUUACAACAGACACACCCAACCCAGAGGCAACUGUUGACAACCUAAUUGAAGGCAAUGCUUACCAGUUUCGUGUUCGUGCCAUCAAUAAAGCCGGUCCCAGCGAGCCUAGCGGUGCUACUGAGACCCAUAUAUCCAAGCCAAGAAACUUGAAGCCACAUAUUAACCGUGAUAAGAUGAAACUUGUUAAAGUACGAGCAGGCCAAACGGUUAAGUUCGAUGUUGACGUGAAGGGUGAACCUGCACCAGCAUUGACUUGGAUAUUUAAGGAGAAAGAGCUAUCCAGUGAUAAUCAAGUACGCUUAGAAAAUGAGGACUAUACCACCAAGCUAACGAUAUUGGACACUACACGUGUACAAAACGGAUUUUAUAAAUUAAAAGCUGAAAAUGAAAAUGGCAUUGACGAAGCCGAUGUUGAGGUCAUUAUACUUGAUAAACCAGCUAAGCCUGAAGGCCCUUUGUUCCCAUUCGACGUACAUAAAGAGGGCUGCAAAUUGAAGUGGGGAAAGCCAAAAGAUGAUGGCGGUGUACCUCUGUCAGGCUAUGUCAUUGAAAAGAUGGACAUCUCUAUUGGACGUUGGGUACCAACCGGCUCGGUUGAUCCCGAAAAGACAGAGUAUGAAGUUAAGGGUCUUGAGCCUAAUCAUCGUUAUCAGUUCCGAGUGAAAGCGGUAAACGAAGAAGGUGAAUCAGAUCCUUUAGAAGCUGACCAGACUUUAGUAGCUAAAAACCCAUUUGAUGUAUCCGCACCACCUGGUCUGCCAGAGUUGGAGGACUGGGACGAACAGCAUGUAAAACUUAAGUGGGAGCCGCCUAUUCGUGAUGGUGGUGCGCCCAUCACAGGUUACAUUAUUGAAAUGAUGGAUAAAGACUCUGGCGAAUUCGUUAGAGCCGCCGAGAUUAACGAUACGAUAUGCGAGGGCACUGUAAAGAAACUAGAAGAAGGCCAACAAUAUAAAUUCCGUGUUCGGGCAUUGAAUAAAGCAGGGCCCUCGGAUCCAUCGGAGCAGACCAAUUGGCAUACAGCUAAACCACGGUUCUUGAAACCAUAUAUUGAUCGCACUAAUUUGAAACCAGUUGUGGUAAAAGUUGGAUUGUCUAUCAGUCUGGAUAUCAAUGUUAGAGGGGAGCCCGCGCCGAAAAUUCAGUGGUUCUUUAAAGAUCAACCACUUGUGUCCGACGAAGAAGGGACUAAAAUCGAUAGCGUCGAUUACAAUACCAAAUUCUUUGCUAUACGCGCCAAACGUACGCAGAGUGGAAAGUAUUUGAUCAAGGCCACAAAUGAGGUUGGAGAAGAUGUUGCAGAGCUAGAUGUUACAGUUUUGGGUAAGCCUGGUAAACCAAAGGGACCACUACAAAUUAAUGAUAUCACCAAACAUGGAUGCAAAUUGAAGUGGCAAAAACCUGAUGAUGAUGGCGGCUCACCAAUAGAUUAUUACGAAAUUGAAAAACUUGAUCCGCACGCUGGACAAUGGAUACCGUGUGGUAAAAGCGCUGAACCACAGGCCAAGAUAAUUGGUUUACAGGAGGGAAAGCCGUAUAAGUUCCGUGUGAGAGCAAUUAACAAGGAGGGUGAAUCGGAGGCCUUAGAAACUGAGAAGGAAAUUAUUGCUAAAAAUCCAUUCGAUGAACCAGAUAAGCCUGGCCGCCCAGAGCCAACUAACUGGGAUAAGGACUUCAUCGAUUUGGCUUGGGACCCGCCAAAGAACGAUGGUGGCGCCCCAAUACAAAAAUACAUCAUACAAAUGCGUGAUAAAUCUGGGCGUGCGUGGGUGGAUGUCGCUGCAGUGCCGGGUGAUCAUACAAAAGGUACUGUUACAAAUAUUGAAAAAGGCCAUGAAUAUGAAUUCCGUAUUGUUGCGGUCAAUAAAGCUGGACUAAGUGAACCCAGUGACGUCUCAAAAUCUGUUGUCGCGAAACCACGCUUCCUCAAACCAAACAUUGAUCGCAAGAACUUACAGAAGAAAGUAUUACGCAGUGGACAGAUGUUGCAUAUGGAAGCGGCAGUGAAAGCUGAACCACCAGCAAAAGUAACUUGGACUUACAAUAACGAAGUUCUCAAGACAGGAGAUCGUAUUAAAAUCGAGAAUGAAGAAUAUAAAACUACAUUCAUUAUGCCUAAAGUUAAGCGUGUAGAUAAAGGCAUAUACAUUGUCACAGCCAAAAAUAGUUCUGGUACUGAUGCUGUCGAAGUCGAAUUAGAAGUACUGUGCAUACCUAGCAAACCAAAGGGCCCGCUUGCAGUUUCAAAUGUAACUGCUGAAUCUGUACAUUUGAAAUGGGAUAAGCCUGAUGACGAUGGCGGCGAACCAAUCGAACAUUAUGUAGUAGAACGUAUGGAUACCGAAACUGGCCGUUGGGUGCCAGUAUGUACAACCAAGACACCAGAAGCGGAUGUUACUGGUAUAGUAGAAGGUAAACAAUAUUUGUUCCGAGUCAAAGCUGUUAAUGCAGAAGGUGAUUCAGAACCUUUGGUUACUGAGACACCCACAACAGCCAAAAAUCCUUAUGACGCUGCAAAUGCACCAGGAAAACCACAAAUCUUCGACUGGUCUGCUAAGCAUGCUGAUUUGAGUUGGCGUCCAUCAGACGAUGACGGUGGUUCACCGAUUACAAGCUAUGUUGUUGAAAAGAAGGAUAAUAACACCGGUAAAUGGCAAAAAGUAUUAGAAACGAGCACUCCCGAUUGCAAGGCACGAGUUAAUGAUCUUAUCGAGGGCACAAAAUACCAGUUCCGGGUUAAAGCUGUCAAUAAGGCUGGCCAAAGUAAGCCUUCAGAACCAUCUGAUCAAAUAACAGCAAAGGAUCGCUUCACGCCACCGAAAAUUGAUAAAACAAAUAUUAAGGAUAUAACUAUAAAAGCUGGACAACAUAUUCGCCUUGAUAUUAAAGUCUCUGGCGAGCCUCCCGCAACAAAAACUUGGUUUCACAACAAAGCGCGCAUCGAGGGUCAAUCAGAUGAUGUCAAUAUCGAUAUUGAAUCGUAUCGUACCAAGUUUUCUAUACCAUUUGCUAAACGCGAAAGUACUGGAAAAUAUACAAUCAAAGCUGAAAACGAUUCAGGUCAUGACGAAGCUACAUUUGAAAUCAUAGUCUUGGAUAAACCCAAUAAGCCAGAAGGACCAUUGCGCGUAUCGGAUGUGCACAAAGAAGGUUGCAAAUUGAAAUGGAAUCCACCCUUGGAUGAUGGAGGCUUACCCAUUGAGUACUAUGUAGUAGAGAAAAUGGAUUUGGAAGCUGGUCGUUGGUUGCCCUCAGCACGUGUUAAAGAACCGUUUGUUGAGCUCAAAAAUUUAGAGCCUGGACACGAAUACAAAUUUCGCGUGGUGGCUGUUAACACCGAAGGGGAAUCUGAACCGCUAGAUGGCGAGCAAUCCAUUGUAGCCAAAAAUCCGUUCGAUGAACCUGGUAGGCCCGGUACUCCUGAAGCUAUUGAUUGGGAUAAAGACCAUGUGGAUUUGGUAUGGAAGCCACCAUUAAGCGAUGGUGGUUCGCCCAUUACAUGUUAUGUUAUAGAGAAACGGGAGAAAGGUUCAGAUCGCUGGAUUAAGGUAGCGGAAUCACCAGCUGGUCCCGGUGUUGGAGAAUACAAGGCUAGCGUACCAAACCUCGAUGACAACUGCGAAUAUGAAUUCCGAGUAAAGGCUUUAAAUCAAGCUGGAUCUGGUGAACCAUCCGACGCAAGCAAAUCGGUCAUAACGAAACCAAGAAAGAUGGCCCCGAAAAUUGAUCGACGCCAUAUUCACACAUACAAUGUGAAAGCUGGAGAGCCAAUACUCUUGGAUAUACAUAUCACAGGUGAACCCGCACCGGAUGUCACAUGGUAUCAAAGCAACAAAUCCAUUCAAACAACCUUAAGUAGGCGCAUUGAAGAUAUUCCCUACAAGACGAAAUAUAUUAACAGCAGUCCUGAGCGCAAAGACACAGGUUUAUAUAAAAUUGUGGCAUCGAAUAAGUUUGGUCAGGACCAAGCUGAAUUCCAGAUCAAUAUAAUAUCUAAACCUGGACAGCCCGAAGGUCCGCUCGACGUAACAGAUGUGCAUAAAGAGGGUUGCAAACUCAAGUGGAAAAAACCCAAAGAUGAUGGCGGAGAGCCUAUCGAAGGGUAUCUGGUAGAAAAAUUCGAUCCUGAAACUGGCAUUUGGCUGACUUUGGGCAAAUCUGAUGGUCCUGAGUUCGAGGUUGAUAGUUUGACUCCUGGACAUGAGUAUAAAUUUCGGGUAAAGGCUUUAAACCAAGAAGGAGAAUCAGAACCUCUGGAAACAUUUGGCACUAUCAUAGCCAAGGAUCCUUUUGUCACGCCAUCAAAGCCUGGAACACCAGAGCCAAAAGAUUGGACCGCAAACAAGGUUGAGUUGGUUUGGCAGGAGCCCGCCACUGACGGUGGUUCUCCCAUUACCGGUUAUAUAAUCGAAAUGAAAGACAAAUACAGUCCACUAUGGGAGAAGGCUUUGGAAACAAAUGAUGCCAGUCCCACAGCCUAUAUUAAUGGUUUGAUAGAAGGCAACGAGUAUCAAUUUAAAGUAAUUGCUGUAAAUAAGGCAGGCGCUUCAGAAGCAUCCGAUUCCAGUAAACCAUUUAUUGCAAAGCCACGCUUCCUUGCGCCCAAAAUUGAUCGUCGUAAUUUACGCGACGUAACCAUAUCUGCCGGCACUCCACUUAAAUUUGAUGCUGUUAUUACUGGAGAACCAGCACCAGCAGUUGAUUGGCGAUUCAAUAAAUGUCCCCUGCAAUCAAAUAACAACGUCACUAUUGAGAAUCCGAGUUAUUUUACAAAGUUGGUUAUACGGCCAACAAAACGCGCUGAUUCUGGUGAAUAUGAAGUCACAGCAAAAAAUAGUUCGGGCAAAGAUAGUGCACUAAUUAAUGUAGUUAUAACCGAUAAGCCGAGCCCACCAAAGGGUCCUUUGCAGAUUUCUGAUGUACACAAAGAAGGUUGUCAUCUUAAGUGGAAACGUCCAGUUGACGAUGGUGGCACACCUAUUGAAUACUUCCAGAUCGAUAAGCUUGAUUCGGCAACUGGCUGCUGGGUACCCAUUUGCCGAUCAAAUGAAUUGAAAGCAGAUAUCACUGGUCUUACACCAGGCAGCGAAUGUAAAUUUCGUGUUUCGGCAAUAAAUGGCGAAGGAGAGUCAACGCCAUUGGUAGGAGAUGAAUCUAUAAUAGCCAAAAAUCCAUUUGACGAACCGGGCAAGCCGGAAAAUCUCCGUGCAAAUGAUUGGGAUAGAGAUCAUAUUGACUUAGCUUGGGUGCCUCCUUUAAGUGAUGGUGGCUCUCCAAUCACAGCCUACAUUGUUGAAAAGAAAGAUAAAUACGGACAAUGGGAGAAAGCUCUUGAAGUGUCAGCUGACCAAUGCAAAGCAACUGUUCCUGACCUUAUUGAAGGAGAAGUGUACGAGUUUCGCGUAUCAGCAAUGAAUGUAGGUGGUAUUGGGGAGCCAUCCGAUGCCAUAGCACCCGUAAUUGCUAGACCUCGGAAUAAGGCCCCAUUAAUUGAUCGAACUAACUUAAUUGAAGUGAGACUAAAGGCUGGUCAACCAUUUUCCUUUGAUGUAAAAGUUUCUGGAGAACCCGCACCUAAAACCAAAUGGCUUCUGAAGAAACGUGAAGUAGCUUCGAAAGACAAUAUAAAAGUAACACACGCCGACUAUAAUACAAAACUUAAAGUUUUGAAUUCAACACGCGUUGACUCCGGCAUUUAUACCGUGCAUGCGGAAAAUGCCAACGGCGAAGAUUCUGCUGAUGUUAGAGUUAUUGUAAUAGAUAAACCUUUUCCACCCAAUGGCCCUCUAAAAGUCGACAAUGUUCAUGAUAAAAGCUGCACGCUCCACUGGAAUCCACCAGACGAUGAUGGAGGUCAAUCAAUUGAUUCAUAUGUUAUUGAAAAGAUGGACGAGAUCACCGGACGUUGGGUGCCAGCUGGCGAAACCGAUGGACCAGAAACUAAAUUUAAUAUUCAAGGUUUGACACCGGGGCACAAGUACAAGUACCGUGUUCGUGCUAGAAACAGACAAGGUGUUUCAGAGCCUCUUACCACACCACACUCAACUGAAGCGAAGAACCCUUAUGCUGAACCAUCUAAACCGGGUACACCUGUGAUCAAGGAUUUCGAUAAGGACUUUGUCGAUUUGGAAUGGACAAGACCCGAAGGUGAUGGAGGCUCACCAAUUACCGGUUAUGUUAUUGAAAAACGUGACAAAUAUUCGUCAGACUGGGAGGAAUGUGCGGAGGUGCCUGAAGAUACUUGUAGCGGCUAUAUCCCAAAUUUGACAGAAGGUGUUAAAUAUGAGUUCCGAGUGCGCGCUGUUAAUAAAGCUGGAAAAGGAAAACCUAGUGAUACAGCAGCACCACAUCUGGCACGAAGUAAGAAUGUGCCACCGAAAAUUGAUCGUAAUUACAUGUUGGAUAUUAAGGUGCGUGCAGGUCAAAAAUUUGAGUUUAAUGUGCCAGUAAUAGGCGAACCUGUCCCAGCCAAAGAAUGGUCACAUGAAGGUAACAUGGUUAUCAACACAGACCGUGUUAAAGUCAUCAAUGAAGGACAUCGUACCAAAAUUCGCGUAAUUGACGCCAAGCGUAUCGAUACCGGUGAGUAUACAUUAAUAGCACGCAAUAUCAAUGGCACAGAUCGGGCGACAGUUAAAGUAACCGUAUUAGAUGUGCCUGCACCUCCGGAAGGUCCUUUGCGGCCAGAAGACGUCACUAAGAAUUCCAUUACACUAAGAUGGCGGCCACCUAAAGACGAUGGUGGUUCUGAAAUAAGUCACUAUGUCGUCGAGAAAAUGGACACCGCAGCAAUGCGUUGGAUACCAGUAGGUGAAACUGCUGUUGUACAAAUCCGUGUUGAUAAUUUAAUUGAAGACCACGACUAUAAUUUCCGUGUCCGUGCCGUAAAUAAACAAGGCGAAUCGUUGCCAUUGGGAACUACACAACCAGUCACUGUCAAAGAUCCAUACUCACGACCUGAUAAACCAGGACAACCACAACCAAUUGAUUGGGGUAAAGAUUUCGUUGAACUUAAAUGGCUUGCACCGAAACGUGAUGGCGGCUCACCGAUAACAGGUUACAUUGUGGAGAAACGUCCCAAAUUUGGACAAUGGGAAAAAGCAGCAGAUUUACCAUCUGAUGAGAUUAUAGCUCUUAUACAAAACUUGACAGAAAAGGGCGAGUAUGAGUUUCGGGUGAUGGCUGUGAACAAAGCAGGAUGUAGUGAUCCCUCUGAUCCAUCACCAUUGGUUACAUGCACACCACGAUUUUUAGCACCAUACUUCGACAGAUCAUUACUAGAAGAUAUUACUGUGUAUGCUGGAAAACGUUUGGGGUGGACACUACCAAUAGCAGCUUCUCCAGCACCCAGUAUAAAAUGGUCGUUUAAUGGUAUUGAAAUUAAGCCGGAUUCUCGUGUGGAUAUAAACCUCUUUCAGAAUGAGUUGACAUUUGAAAUAUUAUCAGCCCUUCGAGAAGACGAGGGUCGCUAUACUUUAUCUUUAAAAAAUGAGCACGGGUCAUUUGAAGCGAGCGCUUAUGCGACCGUAUUAGAUCGGCCGAGUUCACCCAUUGGUCCACUCUAUGUAACAAACAUCACAAAAGAGGGAUGCCGUUUAUCUUGGGGUAUACCACAAGACGAUGGUGGUUCACCAAUCUUACAUUAUGUUAUUGAAAAAAUGGACCUUUCUCGUGGUACAUGGUCAGACGCUGGAAUGAGCACACAUCCUGUGCAUGACGUAACACGUUUAACACAUCGUAAAGAGUAUAUAUUCCGAAUAAAAGCUGUAAAUGCCAUUGGAGAGUCGGAUCCACUGGAAUUGCCAAAUAGCAUUAUAGCUAGAAAUGAAUUUGACGAGCCAGAUGCUCCAGGGCGUCCUAUGGUUACAGACUGGGAUAGGGAUCAUGUGGAUCUACAAUGGACACCACCGAAAUCCGAUGGCGGUGCUCCACUAACCGGAUAUAUCAUUCAAAAGAAAGAAAAGGGUAGCCCAUACUGGGCUAAUACACAACAUGUAAAAGCUGACAAGACAGCUAUUACGGUACCUGGCCUGACAGAAGGACAGGAAUAUGAGUUUCGAGUGAUAGCCGUUAACAGAGCUGGACAGUCUGAACCCUCUGAACCAUCAGAUCUUGUUAUGGCAAAGACUCGAUACCUUGCACCAAAGAUUAUUACACCACUUCAAGAUAUUCGAAUAAAGGCUGGUCUUAUAUUCCACACUGUUGUUGACUUCAUUGGUGAACCCACACCAGAAGUGAUGUGGAACCAAAAUAAUAUUACUUUGACUUCAAAUGAGCGCUCAACUAUUACAUCCAUCGGACACCAUACUGUUGUACAUAUUGUUAAUUGUCAACGCAAUAAUUCUGGUACAUAUCAUUUAUUGAUUCGUAAUGACUCAGGUAUAGAUGAAGGCAGCUUCCAAUUAAUUGUUUUAGAUCGACCAGGACCACCCAUAGGUCCCUUAGAGUACGAAGAGGUUACUUCUAAUUCAGUAACUAUGUCUUGGAAACCUCCAAUCGAUAAUGGUGGCUCUGAAAUUUCAUCAUAUGUCAUUGAGAAGCGCGAUCUCACUCACGGCGGUGGUUGGGUGCCUGCGGUUACAUAUGUAAAUGCGAAAUAUAAUCAUGCUGUUGUACCUCGCCUAUUAGAAGGGACUAAAUACGAAUUCCGUGUAAUGGCUGAAAACUUGCAAGGUCGCUCAGAUGCAUUGAACAGCGAUGAAUCUGUGGUCGCUAAAAACCAAUACACGGUACCUGGUAUACCAAGUAAGCCCGAAUUAGUCGAAAGUGACAAAACCCAUAUUACAUUCAAAUGGAAGCCACCGAUUAGUAAUGGUGGUUCACCUGUUUCGGGUUAUGAUAUUGAACGUCGCGAUUUAACAACCGGACGCUGGGUUCGCAUAAACGCCGAGCCAGUACCAACUAUGGAAUAUACCGACGAACGCGUAAGUCCGGAUCAUCAAUAUCAUUAUCGUGUAUCCGCUGUGAAUGCAGCGGGUAGUGGAAAACCAUCCGAACCUUCAAAUAUGCUCAGUGCACGUCCGAUGCGUGAAAAGCCUAAACUACAUCUGGAUGGUCUUAUUGGUCGCAAGAUUAAAGUUCGCGCUGGUGAACCCGUCAAUAUCAAUAUACCCAUAUCAGGUGCACCAGUUCCAGUCAUUGAGUGGAGGUGUGGUAAACUCAAACUACUUGAAACAAAUAAGAUCUCUUAUAAUACUAAUUCUGAACGAACGAUAUUCCGCAUUGAUGAUUCUACAAGACAAGAUGCUGCUGUGUAUACAGUAACCGCCGAAAAUGAGUUCGGCAUAGAUUCGGCAGACUUUGAAAUUAUAGUCGUUGAUAAACCCAGUCCACCUCAAGGACCUCUCAACUACACAGUGGUUGCACCAGAUCAUAUUAGUCUAGAAUGGAAUCCAGCUAAAGACAAUGGUGGAAGUGAUAUUACUGGCUAUAUAAUUGAAUUUAGUGAGUUCGGUGUAGAUAAUUGGCGUCCAGUGCCUGGUUACUGUCCCAAGACAACCUACACUGUCAAAAAUCUAAUCGAAGGGAAAAAAUAUGUGUUCCGUGUCAUGGCUGAAAAUAUUUAUGGCAUUUCCGAAGCGUUGGAUGGUAAACCGGUUAUAGCUAAAUCACUUUUUGAUCCACCAGACGCACCCAGCCAACCCAAAGUUACUGCUUAUUCUCCAAGUUCGGCAAGCUUAGAAUGGCAUCCGCCAGAGUGUUUUGGCGGAAAGCCUAUCACUGGUUACGUGGUAGAACGGCGAGAACGUGGCGGCGAAUGGAUUAAAUGUAACAAUUAUCCAACACCAAACAGGAGCUACACCGUGCAAGACUUACGUGAUGGCAAUCGCUAUGAAUUCCGUGUGAUUGCUGUAAACGAAGCAGGUCCUGGGAAACCAUCGAGGCCAUCUGAACCAAUUACGGCACAAUUACAACGCUACAGACCCGAUGCACCAGAGCCACCUAAAGCAGAUCGAAUUACCAAAAACGGUGUCACACUUUCAUGGAGGCCACCACGUUUCGAUGGUAAAUCGAAAAUUAAGGGAUAUUACUUAGAAAUGCGACCUAAGGACUUAAAAAGCUGGGCUCCGGUUAAUCAGUUGCCAAUCAUGAAUACAGUUUAUCAUAUACCAAAUCUAGAGGAAGGCAUGGAAUACUCGUUCCGAGUGUUUGCUGUAAACGAUGUUGGACGUUCCGAUCCUUCAAAACCUUCUCAGCUAAUUGGGAUUGAGGAGCAACCAAAUAAACCGCGUAUGAAUCUCGGCGGUGUUCGUGAUAUUGUUUGUCGCGCUGGCGAUGAUUUCUGUAUACAUGUGCCAUACACUGGUUUUCCCAAACCAAGUGCCCAUUGGUAUUCGAAUGAUAUAAUCAUAGAAGAUGAUGGUCGUCGUAUAUUCCAACAUUUGACUGACGAUGCUGCGUCAUUUGUUGUCAAGAACUCGAAACGCACAGACUGUGGGCAAUAUAGACUACAAUUGAAGAAUUCUUCAGGAUUUGACACUGCUACGAUUAAUGUUAAAGUGUUAGAUCAUCCUCAAGAACCUACAAAUCUCUGUGCCGAUGAAUUUGCAGGCGAUGCCUUAACACUUUAUUGGGCUCCGCCCAAAGAUGAUGGUGGUUCAUCUGUUACAAAUUAUGUAAUUGAAAGAAAGGAGAGAUCAUCCAACACAUGGGCUAAAGUCAACAGUUACUGCACCACACCAUUUUUACGCAUACGCAAUUUGACACUCGGCCAAGAUUACGACUUCCGAGUUUAUGCUGAAAAUAAAUAUGGUGUAUCUGAACCCAUUGUAACCUCGGAGCCCAUACGCGCACGCCAUCCAUUUGAUAUUCCGAAUGCACCUGGCAUCCCACGUGGAAUUGACUCAAGUGAGGAUAGCAUAACAAUCACGUGGACUAAACCAAGGCAUGAUGGUGGCUCGCCUAUUAGUGGUUAUGUCAUUGAAAAACGUUUGAUCAGCGAAGAGAAAUGGACCAAAGCCAUUCACGCACUUUGUCCAGAUUUGACUUGCAGAAUACCCAAUCUAAUUGAAAAUGGUGAAUACGAAGUUAGAGUAGCUGCCGUCAAUGCAGCUGGACAGUCACCUUAUAGUGCUUCUAGUGACCCCAUUUAUUGUCGCCGCCCACCACUUGCACCGAAGAUUACCUCAGAUUUAUCUAUAAGAGACAUGACAGUCAUUGCUGGCGAAGAGUUCCGCAUUACAGUUCCGUACACAGCAAAUCCACGGGCUACACCAACGUGGACCAUAAAUGGCCAGGAAGUCAUACAAGAUGACCGCAUACGGUUUAAUACACACGACUAUAGUUCUGUUUAUUAUAAUAAAUUAGCUAAACGCUCCGAGACCGGGUCUUAUACCAUUAGUUUAUCUAAUAGUAAAGGAUCAGACACAGCAUCCUGUCAUGUCACAGUGAUGGACAGACCAAGUCAACCACAAGGGCCAUUGUCAGUCUUCGAUAUAACACCAGACACUUGCACGUUGUCUUGGAAGACACCAUUGGAUGACGGUGGAUCGCCAGUAACCAAUUAUGUUGUCGAAAAACUAGAUAAUAGCGGUACCUGGACGAAAGUCAGUAGUUUCAUACGUAACACCCAUUACGAUGCUAUGGGAUUAGAAUCAAAUCGCAAAUAUUACUUCCGAGUACGCGCCGAAAAUCAAUAUGGCCUCUCAGAUCCCCUUGAACUAGCCGACCCAGUUGUUGCUAAAUAUCAAUUCACAGUGCCUGAUGCACCUGGUCAACCUAAGGUAAUCGAUUGGGACUCCGGCAAUGUCACACUUAUAUGGGCCCGUCCGUCUUGUGAUGGUGGCUCCCGUAUACAAGGUUAUCAAAUCGAAUAUCGUGAUAUUGUAAACGACUCAUCAUGGAAUACUUACGAGUAUUUAAUUAAAGAUACCAAAUAUCAACUUUAUAACCUUACCAACGGCUAUGAAUAUGAAUUCCGCAUAAAAGCGAAGAAUGCGGCUGGUUUCAGUAAAGCAUCCCCAUCAUCAACCAAAUUCAAGUUAAAAGGUAAAUUCACUGUGCCCACAUCACCAGGCAUUCCUCAGGUUACAAAGGUUGGUAAGAACUAUGCUGACCUGAAAUGGGAAAAACCGAAAAACGAUGGAAAUUCACGUAUAACUGGGUAUAUUGUAGAACGUCGCGAUGUUGGCGGCGCGGUUUGGGUAAAAUGUAAUGAUUAUAAUAUCAUGGAUACCGAAUACACCGUUCUUAAUUUGAUUGAAUUGGGCGCCUAUGAAUUUCGCAUAUUUGCUGUCAACGCAGCUGGCCGUUCGGAGCCAAGUUCAUGCACAAUGCCAAUUAAGAUAUGCGAAGUGAUUGGGGGUGAGAAACCAGAGUGGAUUAUACGCUUACAAGAUCGUAUUGCACCAUGCGGCAAGGACUAUACAUUACAAUGCCAAGCUAUAGGUAAGCCCUUACCAAAUGCCAGGUGGCUACGCAACGGCAAGGAAAUACAAAUGAGCGGCGGACGAAUUGUAUCCGAGAGGAAAGACGGCAUAUUCCGAUUACAUAUUUCAAAUGCACAAUCUGGUGACGAAGGUGACUACACGUGCGAAGCAUUUAAUUCGCUCGGAUUUGUGCAUACGACUGGACAUUUGAAAAUUGGCUCACCACCAAUUAUAACACGUUGCCCAAGAGAACUUUUACUUGCUGAAGGUGACAAUACUAAAAUUAAGAUACAUUACAAUGGUGAUCAGCCAAUGAAAGUCAUAGUCAGCAGAAAUAACGAAAUUAUUACGGAAAAAGAUGAACCACACAUCAAAUGCACUAGUUUUGAUGAUUACGUUACCAUAUUUAUUCGAGAUAUUGUGAAGAAUGAUUCUGGAUUUUAUCAAGUAAAAUUUGUAAAUGAGUCUGGCUCUGCAGUAGGACAAUUUGACGUACGCAUUACUGGUUUACCUUCUGCUCCAACAGGACCAAUGGGAGUGUCCCAUAUCAACAAACAUACUUGUACUAUAGCAUGGCGCCCACCGGCAUUUGAUGGUGGUUUACGUAUAACUCAUUAUGUCGUUGAACGUAAGGAUGUCACCUCACCUCAUUGGAUAACUGUAUCCAGCUUCUGCAAAGAUUUAUCAUUUAAUGUGCAAGGUCUUACCGAAAACCAGGAAUACAUCUUCCGUGUAGUGGCCGUAAAUGACAAUGGUAUAGGUCCACCGUUGGAAAGUUUGAAUCCUAUUCGAGCGAAGGCACCUAUUGAUCCACCCUCACCACCAGGUAAGCCAAGCGUUACCGAAGUUGGUGGAGAUUUCGUGCAUUUAGAAUGGGCGAAGCCAGAAUCAGAUGGUGGCACACAUAUACAAGGUUAUUGGGUGGAUAAACGUGAAGUUGGUAGUAGCACAUGGCAACGUGUCAACGUUACCAUUUGUCUUACCAAUCAAAUCAAUUGUUCGAAUUUGAUUGAAGGUCGUCAGUACGAAUUCCGCAUUUUUGCGCAAAACGAAGCUGGUUUAUCAAAAGAAUCUACGAACUCCACGGUCUGUAAGGUGAUCGAUCCACAGGCUGCUACACCACCAAUUAUUGUCAAACCUCUGAGUGAUGCAACAUGUAUACAAAAUCACAACGCACAAUUCACAUGUACAAUUACUGGCUUACCCUGUCCCAUUAUUACUUGGUAUAAGGGCGCUCGGGAAAUUACAAAUGGCGCACGUUAUUAUAUGUAUGCUGAAGGCGACAACUAUUUCCUCAAUAUCACUGACGUUUUUGGCGAAGACGCUGAUGAAUACGUUUGUCGUGCAGUUAAUAAGGCCGGAGCAAAAUCAACGCGAGCCGCCUUGGCCAUAUUGACUGCACCGAAAUUGAAUGUACCACCGCGCUUCCGUGACACUGCAUACUUUGACAAGGGUGAAAACGUUGUUAUAAAAAUACCUUUCACUGGUUUUAAAAAACCUAGAAUAACUUGGAUUCGAGAAGGUGAAACAAUUGAAUCCGGCGGACAUUACUCUGUGGAAGUAAAAGAGCGCCAUGCAGUAUUGACAAUACGAGAUGGCUCAAAACUGGACUCUGGUCCAUACGUUAUAAACGCAGAUAAUGAUCUUGGCUCCGACACAGCCACGAUUAGAAUACAGAUCAGCGAUCGUCCAGACCCACCACGCUUCCCUUUGGUUGAGAAUAUAAGCAGUGAAUCGCUAUCUCUUAGUUGGAAAGCACCAGUUUGGGAUGGUGGGUGCCAAAUAACAAGUUAUUUGGUCGAGAAACGUGAGAAUCCAAUGUCAUCAUGGAUACGCGUGGGCAAUACAAGACUCACUUCAAUGGCCGUGACUGGUUUGACGCCAGGCAAAGAAUACGAAUUCCGCAUUUACGCCGACAAUGUGUAUGGACGUUCGAAUCCAUCUGAUACCAGCACACUAAUAAAAACAAGAGAAAUCAUCAAGAAGAAGCCAAUUGAAAAACGUUGGGAAAUCGAUGAAAGCGGAAACAAAAUACGCGGAAAAGCUGAUGGACCAAUUAGGGAUUACGACUCAUAUGUCUUUGAUAUAUUUUCGAAGUUUGUACCACAACCAGUUGAAAUUUCACACGAUAGUGUCUAUGAUAAGUAUGAAAUACUGGAAGAAAUUGGUGCUGGAGCCUUUGGUGUUGUACAUCGGUGUCGCGAACGCAGCACGGGUAACAUAUUUGCUGCGAAGUUCAUACCUGUUUCACAUGCAAUCGAAAAAGAUCUAAUAAGACGUGAAAUAGAUGUUAUGAAUCAAUUACAUCACCAGAAAUUGAUUAAUCUACACGAUGCAUUUGAAGAUGAUGACGAGAUGGUGCUCAUAUUGGAGUUCUUGUCCGGUGGCGAGUUAUUCGAGCGUAUAACCACAGAGGGUUAUCGCAUGACUGAAGCGGAAGUAAUCAACUAUAUGCGCCAGAUAUGUGAGGGCAUACGACACAUGCACGAAAAGAAUAUCAUUCAUUUAGAUAUAAAACCUGAGAAUAUUAUGUGCCAUACUCGCACCAGCACUAAUGUUAAGCUGAUUGAUUUCGGUCUGGCUACCCGCUUAGAUCCAAGCGAAGUAGUUAAAAUAACAACUGGCACAGCCGAAUUUGCGGCACCUGAAAUUGUAAAUCGCGAACCAGUCGGGUUUUACACGGAUAUGUGGGCCACAGGUGUACUGGCAUAUGUACUUUUAAGUGGUUUGUCACCGUUUGCCGGCGAUAAUGAUGUCCAAACUCUCAAAAAUGUUAGAGCAUGCGACUGGGACUUUGAUGCAGAUGCUUUCUGUCAUAUAUCCGACGAAGCAAAGGACUUUAUAAGGAAACUUCUUAUUGCCAAUAAGGAAAAACGUAUGACAGCACAUGAAUGCCUUUUGCAUCCAUGGCUUACCGGUGAUCAUAGUGAUCGUUCAGCGCAAAUUUCGCGUGAACGCUACCUCGCUUUCCGUGAUAAACUUCGAAAGAAAUAUGAAGAUUUCUAUAAAUAUUUACUGCCAAUAGGUCGCCUAUCAGAAUAUUCGUCCUUGCGCAAAUUGUUUAUGGAAAGAUAUAAAAUGCAUGAGACAUCGUUUGAUCGUCGACAAGCGGCACCACGUUUUGUUAUCCGACCAUCAUCACAAUUCUGUUAUGAAGGACAGAGUGUUAAAUUCUAUUGUCGUUGUAUAGCUGGCGCAACACCAACACUAACAUGGUCGCACAAUAAUGUAGAACUACGACAAAGUGUUAAAUUCAUGAAGCGUUAUGCCGGUGAUGAUUAUUAUUUCAUUAUAAACCGCGUUAAACUUGAUGACAGAGGAGAAUAUAUUAUACGGGCCGAAAAUCAUUACGGCUCACGUGAAGAGGUUGUAUUCUUGAACGUACAUCCGCUACCUAAAGAACAGCCUCUUUAUCGCAGCGAAACUACACCAGUGCGCCGACGUGAUCCACUUCCUUAUAUGUUCUGGCAAGAAGAGUCAGAAUCAGCACCCAGCUUUACAUUCCUCUUACGUCCACGUGUCAUGCAAGCGCGGGAUACAUGUAAGCUUCUAUGCUGUCUCAGUGGUAAGCCCGUACCGUCUGUUAAGUGGUAUAAGGAUGGUCGGGAACUUAGCAAGUAUGAAUACUCAAUGUCAACAUCUGAUGGCGUUGUGACAAUGGAAAUUAUUGAUUGCAAGCCCUCGGACUCUGGCAAAUACAUCUGUAAGGCGACUAAUUGUCACGGCUCUGAUGAAACCGAAUGUGUAGUAAUUGUAGAAGGAGAAUGGGUAACAGCUGAGCAAGCAGAACUUGCUCAUAAUUUACUACAUUCCGGAGAUCGUAAAUACAUAGAACAUUCAUUGAAGCCAGCGCCACCACCCGUCAGUACCGUACGUCGCUUUACAUCAAAUAGCUCCUCGAAUCAACACAUAAGUUCAACAGCACAACACAACUCAAGUUAUUCCUCCUUAAGUCAGACCAACAUUCUCAAUUCAAACACCUCAACCGCCUUAAAUACGAAAGGUAUCGGUAAUAGUAGCAAAAAACAGAAAUAUAGUAGCAGUAAUUUACAAACACUAGGAAGCCCGUCCAGAUCUCGCAGUGCUACCAAAGAACUAAUAUUACCGGCUGACGAUGCGCUUAUGUGUAAGCCUGAAUUUACGAAGCCACUACAAGACUUUACCAUAAAUGAUGGUGAUAAGUUACUCUUAACGUGUCAUGUCAAAGGCGACCCUGAACCACAAAUAACAUGGUCGAAAAAUGGAAAGGUCAUUACAUCUUCAGACAUUGUGGACUUGAAGUAUAAAAACGGCGUUGCAACAUUAGCUAUAAGCGAAGUUUUUCCAGAGGAUGAAGGCUUAUUCGCAUGCACUGCUACUAAUUCCAUCAGUGCUGUUGAAACUAAAUGCAAAUUAACUGUUAAACCACUUGAUAAAAAUGCAACUAAACGACAGACAAGUGGAUCUAAGCCACCAAAAAUUGUGAGUCACUUGGAAUCCCGUUUGGUCAAAGACGGCGAAAUGGUAACACUUGCUUGCCGUAUUAUCGGAGCCGAACAUUUUGAUGUAAUUUGGCUACACAACAAUAAAGAGAUCAAACCAAGCAAAGACUUCCAAUAUACAAACGAGGCUAAUAUUUAUAAGUUGCAAAUCGUCGAAAUAUUCCCAGAAGAUGCGGGUACUUACACUUGUGAGGCAUUUAACGACGUUGGUGAAUCUUUCAGCACCUGCACAAUAAACGUCCUCGUACCUGGGGAAGAACCAAAACAGCCCGUAAUUACAAAAUUCCCAAGUUCGGUAACAAUUCAAGAAGGUGAAAGAUGUCAAUUCAUCUGUGAAACACAGGAAGAACCAUUAAAAUUGACGUGGUUAAAGGAUGGCAAGCCAAUAAAUGAAAGCAGUACAAAAUAUAGCUUCAUCAAAGAUGGAAAUCGCUACACCCUUGUUAUUAAAAAUUGCUCUAUUGAUGAUGGGGGUCAAUAUCAAGUGAAAGCUAUUGGUAAGAAGAACGAGACCUCAAGCGCUUUCUCCGUUAAUUUCGACUGAAUAAAGAAUAGAACUUAAUAACUCAGUAAUUAAGUAUAGAAAAAAGAACAAAAACAAAAGAAACACUAAAAAUUAAAACCCGAAUAACAAUCGAUAAAGAAGUAUACUUCUAAUAAAACACUGCUUGGAUUGAAAGCACAAAACGAAAAACUCACUUUUCCAUCUAUCAAACUCAUAAAUAAAACGAAUGAAAUGUCAUGACAUUUAUACCUGAAGUACACAAAAGUAUAUAUAUGGAUAGUACUAUGUAUAUACAUAUCAUAUGUAUGUAUAUGUAUUUAUCAACAAAAUCAUUUUUCACAUUGCCCUAAUCGAACAAAAAAUCAAAAUUGUCUCAUAUGUGUAAUUUGUAUCCUCGAAACGACAAUGAUAAGUAAUUAUGGUAAAAACUAAUCAACUAAAAUGCAUAUUUAUUUUUUGUGAAUUAUUUAUGCUGGGCAAUAAAAUAAUGUAAAUUUCCUUAUAUGCAUAUUCGUAUGCAAUUACACAAGCACAAAACGACUCCGACGUCUAAGUGGCCUAAUUACGCUUAGAUUUUAAACUUAUCAAUUUAAGAUAAACCUUAAGUAUGCUCUUAUUUAUUAAAGCUCAUAAACAAUAAAUGGAGAUUACUAAAAAAUUAA